AUGUCGCGACCUGUAGUCUUUGAAUCCCAACAAAUCUCGGGUCCUGCUUCACGAUAUCCGACCCACGAGAAAGAAAUGUUGGCGAUCAUCCGCGCACUCAAGAAAUGGCAUAGCGAUCUCCUCGGUGCGCCAUUUAUCAUUUACACAGAUCACAAGACCCUCGAGAACUUCCAGUCACAAUGGGACCUCAGCCGGCGUCAAGUACGUUGGCAAGAGUUUCUCGCUGACUACGAUUUUCAGAUCUGUUACAUUCCGGGAGAAGAGAACACUGUCGCGGAUGCGUUAUCGCGCCUCCCACCCGACACCGACGAUGACAUUGCACGUGCAGAACUGGGAAUUCUUGCAGCAGUCUUCCGCAUUGACACAGAUCCUUCCGUCCUUGCUGACAUUCGCCUAGGCUAUGCCACUGACAGUUUCUGCCAGAAACUUCUCCGGAACACAGAAUCUACUCCGGAUGUUCAUCUGCAGGAUGGUCUGCUUUACCUUGGUGAACGUCUUGUCAUCCCCACAUAUGGUGAUCUGCGUGAAAGCUUAUAUCGUCUUGCUCAUGACUCCCUCGGCCACUUCGGAGCAGAGAAGUCAUACGCGACACUCCGCGAUGCUUACUACUGGCACAAUAUGCGACGUGAUCUCAAACAGGCGUACGUCCCCACUUGUACAGACUGCCAGCGCAACAAGGGGCACACCCACAAACCAUCCAGGCCCCUCCACCCCCUGCCUGUCCCUGACACACACUGUAGUUCCAUCACCAUCGACUUCAUCGGUCCUCUCCCAGAAGACAAUGGAUUCGAUGCGAUUGCGACCGUCACUGACUGUCUCGGAUCUGAUGUCCGCCUCAUUCCGACUCGCACUGACACCACUGCGUCAGAAUUUGCUGUGCUAUUCUUCGACGCAUGGUACUGCGAGAACGGCCUACCCGAAGACAUCAUCUCAGACCGCGACGCGAAGUUCAUCUCUGCAUUCUGGAAAUCACUGUGUCGUCUCACCGGUGUAAAGCACAAAAUGUCCACUUCCUUCCACCCGCAAACUGAUGGCCUCUCCGAGCGCACGAAUAAGACGACAAUCCAAUGCCUCCGCUUCCAUGUCGAGCGUAACCAGACUGGCUGGGCACGAGCAUUGCCUUACGUCAGAUUCUGCAUUAUGAACACAGUCAACGCUUCCGUCGGCCUUACCCCAUUCCAGCUAAGGAUGGGCCGCUCGCCACGCAUAAUUCCUCCACUCUUCCGCGUGGAUGUCACCUCUAUCGCUUCGCACACAUCCGAACUCGAUGCUUGCACCGCAGCAGAUCUCAUUCGUCGCAUCGAGGUCGAUACUCUCGAGGCUCAAGAUAACCUUCUUGCACCUAAAGUAGCUCAAGUGGAUAGCGCUAACGCACAUCGAGACCCCGACCCUCACUUCACGAUUGGCGACAAGGUUCUACUGUCCACCCUGCACCGCCGACGCGAUUACAUGCAACGUGGCGAUACUCGUGUAGCGAAAUUCAUGCCUCAUUUCGACAGUCCUUACGAGAUCAUCGCGGCAUAUCCUGAAACCUCACACUAUACGCUACAGCUGCCGGAGACUAUGAACGUCGUCCCUACCUUCCAUUCUUCACAACUCGAACGCUAUCGCCCCAAUGAUCCCCUCCUCUUCCCGAUGCACCAACCUGAUCGCCCUGGUCCAAUUAUCACCGAAGUAGGUGCGGAGGAAUGGGAGAUCGAUAGAAUUAUUGAUCAGCGCCGUCGCGGGCGUGGUCUCCAAUAUCUUGUCCGCUGGAAAGGAUGA